AUGGAGGCUUAUUUUCAGUACCGGCGAAUACAACGUGCAGUCUCCCAAGAGCUUACCAACCUUGAAAAAGCCCCCUCCUGCAAUGGCGACCACAGCCAAAGGUCCCAUAGCAUUUCCGCUCAGCCGAGCGGAGCAUCCGACGAAAACCCCAGCGGCGAGUCGAUCAUCUACGUUCACUGGUCUUCCGCCGACGAUAAACUCAACCCCGCCAAUUUCAGCAUCGUACGGAAAGCUGUCCUGACUGCGUUUGUGUCUCUUAUUGGAGUUUCUGUCACGGCUGCAUCGGCGAUUGAUGCUGUGGGGCUACCCCAGUAUGCCGCGGAAUUUCGUACAACUGAGGUUGUUGGAGGUCUUACAACAGGGCUGUUCAUGAUUGGUCUCUCUUUCGGUUCUCUCGUUUCCGGUCCUUUUUCCGAAACAUUCGGCCGCAACCUCGUCUACAUUGUCACAAUGGUGCUAUACCUUCUUUUUAUCAUGGCAUCGGCACUAGCUCCUAAUGUUACUGCCCACCUGAUCUUUCGAUUCCUGGCUGGGCUGUUCGGUUCAACACCACUUACUUGCUCUGGCGGAACAGUGGCGGAUCUGUGGAGUCCAUUACAAAAGACUUAUGCAUUUCUGAUAUAUGCGAUCCCUGGAUUCGGCGGGCCCGUAAUAGGGCAGCUUAUAGGGAGUUUUAUUCCUUCUACUCUUGGAUGGCGGUGGCUCGAAUGGAUCAUGCUUAUCAUGGGUGCGACAGUAUUAGUUGCAGUUCUCCUUUUCCAACCUGAAACCUAUGGAGACCUUCUUCUAUAUUGGAAGGCGAAGGCACUCCGGCAGCAAACAGGUAAUUCUCGGUAUCGAGCACCGAUGGAAGUACGCGGCGAGCCACUAAGGCGACGGCUCUUGAUUGCGUUAUACAGACCUUUCGCAUGGAGUAGGACAGAGCCGAUUGUCUUGCUCAUGGCUCUCUAUCUCACAGUCGUCUACAUCGUCCUCUUCACCUCACUCGAGGGAUACAGAUUUAUUUUCGGCUCUACCUACGGGCUCUCGCAAGGCCUCACCAGCAUUACCUGGGCCGCAAUGUUCGUCGGAAUCUCCUUAGUCUGUCUAAUCGUACCGCUGGUCUACACAUGGACCUCGAAAGAAUUCGAGACGACAGGCCGCAUCCGCCCCGAAGCAAGACUUUGGUACACCAUGCUCGGCGGUGCCCCCGCCGUCCCUAUUGCACUCUUCUGGAUGGGCUGGACAAGCACUUCAUCCAUAUCCAUCUGGUCCCCCUUGGCUGCCUCCGCUCUCCUCGGCUACGGAAUGACUACCAUCUUCGUCAGUGCAUAUCUCUACGUGAUUGAUUCUUAUGGCAUCUAUUCCUCCUCCGCGCUAGGGUUCAUGGCAUUCACGCGAUACCUUUUGUCGGGCGGGGUGAUGGUCGCCGGCGGGACGAUUUAUGAGAAUUGUGGUGUACCAUAUACGUUGUCGUUCUUGGGGGCUGUUAGUGCGAUUAUGGCGGUUAUCCCUUAUUUGUUUUACUUUUAUGGGCGGAGUAUUCGGGCGAGGAGCCGCCAUUGUGCUGUUAAGGACUAG